CUGGUCCGGGAGCAGCAGGAGAGUCGACCCCUGCUGAGUCCUUCCAUCGAUGACUUCCUGUCAGAGAGCCGCAGCGAAGCCUCCUCCUCUCGACCCCUCACCUCCAACACAGCAGUUCUGUCCACAGCUCUGGACCUGGUGGACCUCAGCGAGCCGGGGGAGAGCAGCACGGGCAGUAACGGCGGUAGUAGCGGGAGCAGCAGUGUCGGGGGCAGCAGCAGCAACAAGGACCAGAGGAGGAGCCCCCAGAGGAGGAGCCCUCUGAGGAGGAAGGGCAGCCCGAGGAGCCCUCGAUGCCGGACGAGACCUGACGAGACGGAGCUGAUCCAGGUGGAGGUGGAACACCUGCCUGCCAGUCCCAGAACACCUGAGCGGAUCUCACUGGACUCAGUCAGUCUGUCUUCUCCUCUGGACAAAUGGGACGAGGUGAACCUGGACGUGGAGGACGCAGGACGCAAGAGAUACGAGAAGAGAUGCACCUCCCACCACUCCUCCAGCGAACUGCUGUGGUCUGCGGAGUUUAAAACUGAUCCUCUGACAAAGAACUGCUUCGAAGUCCACAGCUUCGACGAUCUCGACUUCAUAUCUUCAACACAGGACUGCGCGGCGUCCAGACAGCGGCGGCGGACUCGUUCCCUGCUGGCCAGAAAAGAGUCUCUGGAGGACGAGUUUGUCAGAGCGAAGGCUGCUGUUGAGUCGGACACGGAGUUCUGGGACAAGAUGCAGGCGGAGUGGGAGGAGCUUGCCCGCAGGAACUGGUUGGAGGAGUCUGAGGACCAGGGGCCGAUCCCGCCCACCGUCUCACCUGCAGAGAAGGGUUACUACUUCAACACCAACAACCCGUACCAGGACUGGCCCAACGCCUUCGCCGAGGGUCAGGAGAAGGCUCGGGAGGGAGACCUGAACGCUGCCGUGCUGCUGCUGGAGGCCGCCAUCCUGCAGGACCCGCAGGACUCUGAGGCCUGGCAGCUGUUAGGAAUGACUCAGGCUGAGAACGAGAACGAGCAGGCCGCCAUCGUGUCGCUGCAGAGGUGUCUGGAGCUCCGCCCCAACAACCUGCCGGCCCUCAUGGCGCUCGCCGUGAGCUUCACCAACUGCAGCAUGCAGCGGGAGGCCUGCGACGCUCUGCGCCGCUGGAUCAGCCACAACCCCCGAUACAAACACCUGGUCCUGGACCGCAGGAGCUCGCUGCAGGGCUCCCCGGCCACGCCUCGCAGGGGCCCCCACGCCUCCACGCCAGCCAGGUCUGAGCUGCAGGACGUGCUGCUUCUCUUCCAGGACGCGGCUCUGCUGAACCUGGACUGUGUGGAUCCAGACCUGCAGACCGGACUGGGAGUCCUCUUCAACCUCAGCUCCGACUUCAACAAGGCUGUGGAGGCUUUCACUGCAGCGCUGUCCGUCAGGCCGCAGGACUACCUGCUGUGGAACCGUCUGGGGGCGACGCUGGCGAACGGCGACCGCAGCGAGGAGGCGGUGGAGGCGUACACGAGAGCUCUGGAGCUGCAGCCCGGAUUCAUCCGGUCCAGAUACAACCUGGGGAUCAGCUGCAUCAACCUGGGAGCUCACAGGGAGGCGGUCAGUAACUUCCUGACGGCUCUGAACCAGCAGAGGCGGAGUCAGCGCUGCAGCCACCAGCAGAUGUCUGCCAACAUCUGGGCCGCCCUGCGGAUCGCCGUCUCCAUGAUGGACCGACCCGAGCUGUUCCAGGCCGCCCACGUCGGGGACCUGGACCUGCUGAUGCGGGCCUUCGAUGUGGGCGACGUCUGACCGGGCCACCCGCCUUGUCCGGAGGUGGAGGCGGGUCGGACAGUUUGGUUUGAAACCAAAGAGCCGGCGGCGGCGGCAGCAAUACAACAGCACAACCCUUUAGCUUCCUGUUUCUAACGCGCAGCGAGGCGCCGUCUGUUCAGGGCGUCUGAAGGUCCUUCAGUCCUCAAAUGUUUAUUACUCCGUUUCACGCGUCCAGAAUAUGUGUGUUUUAAAGGGCACCUGUAACCACGGCCAGCAGUGAUGUCACAGCGUACCGUGACAUCACUGCUGCUCUGUAAACAUCCUGUACUUCAUGGCUUUCUUUUCUGACGUCCACCGUUUAGAACCAAUGAGAUUUCAGUCUGAAACUCGUCCUCCACGUUUCCGCUCGCUUCUGCUGCUGCGCUCGAAACUCAGCACAUCCUGCACAGAUGUUUCACAAUAAAAGCCUUCCAAGCAAAGUAGAAGCGAGUGGAAGGAAUCAAGAGUUCCAGUGAUCUGAUGUUUGAAGGCCUGGGAGGAGGUGGAACACGCCACACUUCCUUGUGGCUUGAGUCUCUCUCCAACUUGGUUUUAGUUCCUGUGAAACGUCCGAACCUGCUGCUUCUCUGAACACUUUAUAUUCUUCUGACAUGUAGCUGCACAUCGGCUGAAUCUUUACACAGAAAACGUCCUUCAGACUUUAAAUGACGGACACCAGGUGGAUCCGCUCACCUGGCAGCCGUCCGUCCAGUCAGGCUUCUUCAUCCGGAGACGGGAAGUGAAAGAAAAGUUAGCAGAGUUAUUAAGAAUUAAACGAUUUGAGAUGAUUUUAUUUAUGAAAACUUUCUGUAAAGUUUCCUCCUUUAUGAACGUUUGGGGAACAUUGAAACAUGGCAGCGUUCUCAGUUUAGUUAAUUAUUGAUGUUUUUCAUGUCACUGGUUUUCAGUUUCCCGUCACCGUCUUUGGCGUUGAGGCAAAGACAAUCUGCAUACUAAUGAGAAAACCCUUCCUGAGGCAGCGUCCUCUCUGACGGCUUCCACGAGUCCACACGACUGUUUCUGCCGUCGGUUUUCAAAUAAAACCAAACGUUAGUUAGCUGACGUGUGCAAGCUAACGUUAGCGCUUGUUCCAGCGGAUCUCUGCCAGCGUGGCGUCCCUCAGUCCUGGUUCUAUGUGAGAAAACAGACGUAACACACCUGCAGUCCUGGAGUUCAGGUGAACUCAUGGAACCCCAAAGAGUUUAAAACUGAAAAAUAUGAAAAAACAUAUCAAAAUUUAAGAAUAAUGAAUGCCAGAGUUUCGUUUUUCAGUUUUUGUUUUGAGUGCCAUAAUGUAAAGGAACUCGGAUUAGAACAUGUGACCGAUUUGAAUAUGAUCAGUAAAUAAUGAAAUAUUAUUAGAAAUCUGACCAUGUUUAUGUUUCUACAAUCGAAAAUGAAUAAAACCAAAAAAACUCAGUAAAUUAAUAAACAUCCUAAUAAAUAAUACAAUUUAAAAAUUAAAUUAUUCAAUUGAUCUUUUUUUAUCUAAAACUCCUCCCCCUUAAUUACCAUAUUAAUUUAUUUUUCUUUAUGAUUUUCAAUUUAUUAAUUCAGUUUUUAUAUAUAUAUUUUUUAUUUAUGCUUUUGUUUUAAGGUAAUUCAAAAUUAUAAAGGAAAUCUAUUUAUGUCUCACUGGAUAAUUUAAAACCCCUACAUUAAUAUAUUGUAGUGCAUUUAAUAGGAUUUUAAUUUGCGUCACCUUUGUAUUGAUUUCUUAUUUAUUAAUUCUCCUUUAUAAUUUUCGAUUAUAUCAAGUCAAAUAUAAUUGAAAAUUAUAAAGGAUAAUAAAUAAGUAAGUAUCAUGUCUCAUUGUAUACUUUAAUUUUCCCCUACAUUCUUUUUUUUUAAUGUAUUUUUGGUGCAUUUAAUAGGAUGUUUGUUUAUUGAGCAUUGUUUUAUGUCUGUAUUCACUGAUUAAAUGUGGCAGACUCGGCCCUCCAUACUAACUCGAGCUCCAGGCGCGAUUAUUUCUGUAGAGACAGUUCAGGUUGUCUCACUUUUAAAUAAACUUUCUUUUAACGUCUCAAAUCUUAGUUUGAAGAUGAAAAAUAAAAUAUAAAGUUUAGCUUGAUGGGAAACGAGCUCAGGGAGGUCAGUGAUGAAGAGGAGGAGGAAGAUAUAAUAACACUGACUCUGAUGAGACUAAAGUGACAAACUGCAGUUGGCUCCACUAUGAAAUACUGUCUGCUGAAGCUCAAACUGGUUUGUUUCCGUCACUUUGUUCUCUUUAAACGUUUAAAGCCAUAAAACUGAUUAUCAGGAGCGAAGCGACGCCCGGUCAGGAACCGACGAGGUAAAAAGUCACCUGGGACAGCCGCGUGUUGUCGCCUCCUGCAGGUAAAAACAGGAACAGCAGGUUUAAACUUGCUCGCUGCUCGACGCAUGAAAUAAACACAUUUAGUCAAAGCAGCAGAAAAUAUUUAUACAGCAUCAAAUAUUAAUGAUCGCAUUUUAACCACCAAGUAUAUCCUGUACUCCUUUCAGUCACGUUAAUCAAUAUUUAUUCAGUAGCAAACACUUUGUUCCAGGUUUGGUUUUAUAAAAACCUGAAUAAUUAACGUAGGUUUUUGAGACUUCUGCAGAUGAAGGAAACUGCAAAUACAGAAAAGUCACCUGCUUUGUGUGACCUUUUAUUGUUAGCUCUAGACUUAGCGUUAGCCCUUUCCCAACACCUUCGCACUCCCGGCUCCUAACAUAUGGACGCUGGGUCAAGACCCCAUGGCGGCGGCGGCGCUUUUUAACUCCCUGCUGUUGUUUUUGCACCUGCAGGGCUCGGCGGUGAAGUUAGCAACAAUAUAUAUAUUAGGGCCGCGUUAUAACCGUGUGCGCCAGAUUCACCAGACGCUCUAGAGUCUACUUCUGCUACUAUUUAGACCCUUUGACGCACUUCCUGCCUCCUGCUGCGGCCGUGGAGAUGAACAACAACACACUUCUGAACCUGAAUGCCGCUUUUUACUUUUUAACACUCACGGACGUCUCCGGCGACGAGUCAGAAGCAAUAGACGGGUUUCUGUGCAGCGUCAUCACCGAGAUGUCCAACCAGGGGGCAGGAAGCAGCGCUCUGUCUUCACGGAGGAUCACAUCCAGCUGCCGUGUCGAGUUAAAUUAAAAACCAACAACUUUACUUUCCUUAUUAUUGGCUAUUAAAAGUAAACAGUCCCGUUACAGUUACUUUCAACCGCCGCAGCCGUCCUUAAAGUGACAGAAAGCUGUUCGUUUUAGAAAUGAAUCCACUUUAGUGGAACAAUCGUGAACCUGAGGAGGCAACGAGCGGCCGAGCUGAGAACACUGCGGCCUGCUGGAUCCUACAGGCCGUUUCAAAGUAAUCAAAAGCAAAGCAGCUCCCCCCGACUUUUUAACGGAUCGCGUCUAAACAGCGGCAUCAUUUUUACCGAGCAUGUAACGAUUUUAAAAAAUCGAACGUUACUGUUCUGCACACGCGUUCGUAAGAGAACGUUGAUUGACCUUCACCGGCAGGACCGUUAGCUGCCGGUUCCAGUUUCGCGUUUCUUAGCAGAUGCUUCAAUACAAAAGCUUUUUGCAGGUCUCACAACGUUUACAGAAGUCCAUGUUCUCUGAGUGUGACUUGAUUUAUUCUCCUGCGUAGGGGCCACGCAUUUAUACUCGCGUCCGUGUCUCCGUCAAUCUGCAGUCACACCCAAACGCUAGUCGGCAGCAGCGUUUUCAAAUGUUACCGACCGAAUGGAUCACAUUCUGGUCAUUUCGCUCGGGUUGUGACGGUCAAAUAUAUCGAUCCACCGCGUUACA